AUUUUUUACGUUUACGUUUUGUUUAGUUUAGAUCAGACAUUAAAUUGUUUUCUACAAUAAUAAAAAAAAAUAAGAUAAAAUCUAGAGUAGAUCUACUCUACUACUAGAUUCUAGAUCUAGUGCUACUAUGUUUAGAUCUAAUUCACAUUGUUGAUCUACUACUUAAAAAAUUUGUGUAUUGUAGAGACUAGAGGAGUCACCAAAGGCAAAGGAGUCUAGAUUGACUAGAUCUACCUAAACUAAAGCCUAAAGUGCCUAGAGUUAUUCAAUUAAUUAACAGUCUAGGUAUGGAUUAUGGAUUCCACUAAAUGCAUGAUUUAUAAAAAUUUAUUAUUGAACGAAUCUGAAAAUCUUGGAUCAUGAAGUCAAAUCAGAGUGCUUUGUGGAGUGAGGUCAAGAUGUUCUAACUAGUUCUUUUGACUCCUAGUCAUCCUGUCAGAAGUGAUGUUAACCCCAUGACAGACGCUAAGUACUCCAUCAAUUAGUAUCAGAAUGUCAUUUGUUGGACUGAGUGAUGACUUUCAAUUGGAUGAUGAUGGCAUUCUUAGGGACUCUAUGAAUGGUGCUGAUCUCUUGAUUGAUGAUGAGGGCAUCUUACGGGAUGAUACAUUUGAUGCAUUCAGGCAUGAAGUGCGAGGUCAAUGGACAGACUCAGGCUUUAGUGGAGACAAGCAGUCUACCACAUCCACCUUGCGUCAUUUGCAAAACAGUUUUGAAGAUCUGGCUCCAAUCGGAGAUGAAAGUAUCAACAUUAGUGAGCUGGAGGCUUCCAAAGAUGAAUUGAGUUUUGAGCAUCAAGUUGAUCAUUUAGAUAGAAGUGCUUUAAAACAUCAAAAUGCAUCAUCUCAUGGUCUUCUAGACACACUGGAGAGCACUUUAGAUAAACCUGAAGAUCUAAAUGAAUCUUAUAGGAAGCACAAAAGGAAGUUUUCACGUCAAGAAGAACUCAGCACAGAGAAUGCCCCAAAUGAAAUGUUUCCACCUGAAUACUAUCAGCAGCUUCGUGAGCUCGGAGUAUUGGUGGAUGGUGUUGACUUGUCAAGAGACUCUUUGGAUGAGUUUGAGGAUGAGGAGUCCAAGACAGAGGAAAUUGAGAAAGAGGACAAAGAGCAUGAUGAUCUUAUAGCCCAGUAUCUGGCCAGUGAGUACAGAAGAGAGGAAGCAGAAGAACAAAACCUCAGGGAAGAAGAGAUUCAGAAAAGAAAGUCUAGCCUGCAGCAGUCUGGUGCAAGAGCUGGAGAGAACUUUUCCAGUGCUAGUUCUGCACGAACUAUCAGCAGCCAUAGCUUCCCUGAUGACAAUGAGGACUAUGCUUAUGACAGCAUGUCACAAAAUCUGGGCAGCCAGACACAGUCUCAGAAGACAGUGGGAGACGAUGAAGAAGUAUUAAACAUUACCAGCAAAAUUGUACAACCACCCUCAUUGACUAAUGUGCAGACAUUGGGCGGAAAUUUUAACUCCAGUUUUCGUAAAACUGGUCGAGGCAGCACAUCUGUAGCCUCUGAGUAUCAGGAUGAUGAUACCAAACUGGCUUACUCUGAGUCUCUGCCUCGACCAUCAUCUGCAACAAGCCACUACUUAACAGCUUCAGAGCUAGUCUUUGCCAGGCAAAAGAAAGCAGAGGAAGCAGCAACUCAAAGGAUGUUCAGGGCGAGGUCGCAAGAUGAACUUCAGAUUAAAGGGGGAGAAAGAAAUCAUAAACAUUUCAUGCCAACUCUGAGCAGUGCGGAGCCUUCACACUCUCUCAAGACAAAGAGUAAAAGUAAAAGUGUCAGCAACAUUGCCAGGUCUGGCCCAGUCAAACCAACUCACAUGACAGUUUCAGAAAUCUCACUGCUCACGGAUGUUGAGAACCAACAAUUUUUUCCUUGGGAAGAUGCUAACAGCAAGUCUGUGACUCAGGAGUAUGAAAAUGCUGGCGAGCUCUCCACCCGCCUAACUCAAGAGGCACAGAAGAGGAAACAAGCCACGGAGCUUGUGCAGCAGCUCCAGAAAGACUACGACAACUUGCUGACCAAAUACGCCCUGGCGGAGCUGACCAUCGAUCAGAUGAGGCUUGGGGCUAAGAUAACUGUGCACACAGACUCUCCCACACCCUUACAAGCUCAAACUGGAGUCAUGUCACCGAUACCAGCUGCCCAAUCUGGACAAAUGGUAACACUGCGUCAGUCCCCAAGCCAGGCUGCAAAGAUUUCUACAAUAAAUAACAUUGUUGGUCGUUCCAGUCCAUUUAGAGCAGAUGCUAGUGACCAAACUGAUGGACGGCACACCCUUUCACAAGAUGACCAGAGGUCAAGAUCACGUCCUGACCUUCUGAAAGGAAGCAUCAUCAGCUUACACCAUUCCAUUACCGAAGGGGAGGAUGGCACCCUUGGUUCUCCCGAGGCUAUUACAGAGACAGUCAGAGCAGACAUGUUUAAACAGGCCAGGGACAUGGAAGACAAGCUUGAAUCGUUCUACACUCUUGUAGAACAAAGGCAGCUAACUCUAGAGGAACAGGAAAAAGUGUUUGAAAGUAUUAAAGCAGAUCAUGAAACAUUACGUCGAUCCUAUCUCCAGGCCAAAGAGGAUUACAAUGUUCUCAGGCGCUCAGGUGCUAUCAACUUAGACGCACAGAACUUUGAUGAAAAUAAACAAUUGGAAGGUCAUUUGUUCAGACUGGGCAUGAGAUUUGAUGAAGUCCAGGAGAAAGUUGAGCAGAAUAUGAAAGAGAAACCAAUUCACAGACAGCCAUUUUCUUCUGACAGUAUUAAACCUUCAGAGAUCAAGAAAUCAGGGAGCACAACAACUAAGGAGGAUAAGAAGAAUGAUGAUGAUGAGAGACUUAGAGACAGACAUUCCCUCAACACUAGCAGAAACUUAUCCGUGGACUCAACAGAUGACAUGGCUUUUGAACAGCAAGUCCAGGAGCUCAAGUCAGAAUACAACACUGGUAUGGAUCUAUACAGAAGGCUGAAGUACACAGCAGACACACCGGAGGGGGCUAAACAGAUUGAAAGGGUUAUCUUGAAACUCAAUGACAUCUGCAGUGAGAUGCCAGAGAUGUUUAGACUGUCCCCAGAGAUUCAAACCAGAUUGGAAAAGAUAGACCAGAAACAAGUCAGAAGUCAGAGAAAAUCACCUUUACCUCAGUCCUCUAGAAAUAGUCCAUUAGUUAUGAAACCUCAUCAUGGCUCAGAAUUCUCUGAUUCAGACAGCUCAAAAGCUCGAUUCGGUGGCAGCACAAGAUCCAGUUUGGGUUCAAUACUGCCAGAUCGUAUGGACCAACCUCCUUACCAAAGUAGAAACAACUCCACAUUGCCCAAUAACUUUCCCAGCUCUAUGAAUGGUGCCACACACAAUGGCCAUGGAGACAUUAACUCCCAUGAUAAUGACAGACACUCAUCAAGAUCAAGAAGGUCUAGUAGAGGGGAAGACCACUCUUUCUCUGACAGAUCAUUCCAUUCUAAUGAUGCCUUCAACACAACUCUACCAAGACCUAGAAGACAUGCUCAUGAACUGAAGGAUCCUAAACUGUCUGCGCUUCCAGACACAAAGUUGAACUCGAGUCAAGUGCCACAUCCUUCAAGAAGUGAAACGUCUGGUCUCAAAGGUGCAGUGGGAGGAGAUAGUCAUGGAAAAGCAGGCAUAGGUGAGGACACAGAAGGGGCUCUGGCGGCACUGCCAGGUCCAGGCAAAUUCAAGCAGAUGACCAAGCAAAGAGCAGCUGAUGAUGCUGACAGUGGGUUUAUAGGUUCCAUGGUGGGCUCUGGUGUGGGGGAGCCACCAGCUGUUGUGCAGAAGCAAGGAGAGCGCCCUCUGGUGUUGAAAUUGAGAAAACCUAAUGAUGAAAGUUCCACAAUUACAGAUACCUCAUUUGACAGAUCAUCUCACUUUUCUGGGAGGUCACAGACUAGCAGCAAACCACAUAGGAGGAAAAGCUCCAGACGACAUGAACGCUCAUUUGGAAGCAGUCAGAGAGAUGCCAGUUUUGAUGAAGAGGAUGAGACUCUGGAAACUGUGGAGAGUGAAGUCAGUUCUAGAUCUGGGAAACACUCCAAGAGUAGCACAGACAGAACUAGACCCAGACAGAAGAGGGAAGCAGAACAUAACCUAGAUAAAAGUACAGAGUCGGACCACUCAACACCAAGGGCUGUCAGGCAGACCUCAGCAGUUGUAACCAAGACAACCUCCAGUACCAGCACUAGUCAGUCUAAAGCCCAGCAAUUACCUGUUCAGGUGUCCAAGUCAGAGACCAAGACACCUUUUACUAAAGAUGUGGGAGUCACUCAGUCCACUUCAACAUCCACGGCUACUGCUACAAAAGUCAAAGACAAUUUAUCAGAUACUAAGAAACCUGCACAAAAAGAAGAUGCCAGCCAAAAGCACUCCUCCGGUUCACUUCUCCCUAACUCUGAUAUGUCUGAGAGACGUCAAAGCACAUCUGUUUCUCACUUUGGAAACACUAGCACAUCCCCAUCUCGCCCCAGCAGUCGUGGCUCACCUACUGUUGACUUGAUGCACACCAGGAGCCGAAGGACCAGCAUAGAGAGUGGAAGGCUUAGCCGGAGUGGAACUGAUCUUGGUCGUCAUGAUUUAGAGUUGAGACAGGACAGAGCUCAAUUAAGAUCCAGUCAGCUGAAUAUUCCAUCUGAGGGAAUCAGUUCAAGUUUUCUAAACCCUUCAAAUAAUGUUGAGUCUCUUCUCCUGCUACCUCAUGACCUCAGGCAUGAGGACCUAGUGAAGAGAGGGAAAGAGUAUGAGAAUAGAAGUGUGGGCUCAGAUGUGGAGGUUGGAUCAAGUAUCACCACCAGGGCAUCCAGCAUCAACAGCAAUCUUAGGUUAAAGGCUUUACAAGAAGAGAUAGAAAAACUGAAAGAAGGCUUUGCCAAGGCCAAUGAGAAAUCUUCUCAGCCACCUCCCCCGCCCCAGAUAUACCAUGUACCAGCGCCACAACUGCCAACAGCUGAGGGCAAACAAGAACCAGAGUACUAUGAUCCUUUUGAUGAUCCCUAUGGGUUCAUGAGAAUGCCACGUAGGCGGGCCAACUCGUUCUCUGGAGGUCGGGAGCGUGAGUGGGAUGAGUGGUACUGGACCUUGCCCCAGAAUCGUCAGUAUGAUGGAGGAGACAUUCCUUUAGGCUAUGCUGCAGCUGAUGCAUAUGCUGAGCACCCAAGAAUGCGUAGAGAACGUAAUACAAAAGAGAAUGUGAGAAACAGGCUGAGACAGAAACGUAUGGAACGUACGGCUCAAGGAGAUAUCCCACCAACAGAAGUGGUGGAGCCAGUUGGUGCUAGUGGAGAAACAAUUCCACUUGCUACUGCUGGUGGAAGCGCAGCUCCAGAAGAGGCGGCUGCUAUGUACAAUUACUUCAUCCCGUCCAGGUUCAGCACUGAAGCAAUGCGGCAACAGAUGGCCUCCAGGGGAUACUUCACCACUCCGAGUGGAGGAAAAAUUUAUUCCAGUACAGGAGAAGAAGCAGACAAUGAAGAUGAGAGAGGCAUUCAGAGUGACAUUGGCAACAGACCAGGAGCCACAGGUCAGACACAAAGUAGACCAUGGUACCAGAUUAAAAGACCUCUGCGUCCACCAGCUUAUCAAAGUAUUGGUGCGGUCAGAGCCCAAUCUCACAAUGACAUCAGGACUGAUUCAAGAAACCAAGCAACCUCUAACAGCCCUUAUAUUCAGGUCAGACCAUCAAGUGGAGCUGCAGAAAGGUAUUCCUCCUUUGCUUGUCCUAUCUGUGGACUUAAAAACUACCAUACUCAUCAAGCAUAUGUACACAGAGGUCCUCCAGCACACAGAAGUUUACCUGCCCAAUCAACAUCUCCACACCACACACAAGAUACACUUAGAAUAGACCAUUCUCCUCGUAGAAUGAGUAGGUCAAGGUCAAGAUCUGUGCCAAGAAGCAGGAGCUAUACAUCAGACUCAAGAUCAAGAUAUAGAGUAAAAGAGUACAGCCGACUGAGUAAUUCUGAGGAAGAGGAAGAAGAGGAACAUAGGACAGUCAAAAGAAGUAGAAGUCUAUCCAGGGGAAGAAGGCCAUCACACAAACGAUACAGUACAUCAGAAAGUGAUCAUUCUGGAGAGGAGAACAACAACCUGGAUAGAAGCCUGAGCCUGUCCAUGGAUAUCAGCAAACUUACUCAUAAAAUGUUGGGCACUCUCAAAAGUGAGCUGAUGGUAACACGUGGCAGCCUGCGAGAUUAUGGCUCCACCUACUGGUGAAAAACUUUGAAGUGAGCAAGCCAAAUUGGUUUGUUCUAAAAAUCAUUCUGUAUUGCUUUGUAUACAAUCUAUACAACCAUUCCGUCCAAGUACUCCAGUAUUUACUAUCUUUUGAUACAAAAUGUAUAUGUCUACAUAUGUUAACUGUCUACACAGUAUUUCCAGUGAUAGAAAGUAGUUCUAUAUUUAGACUCAUGUCAAUUAAUCCAAAGGAUCAGUUAUCUCUUUCUUUCAGCCAAUUUCUUUCUCUUAAAGACAAAAUUGUUGUUAUGAAUAAUAUGUAGUUUAUAUCUGGAACUGUGAUUUAUUUAUACUCCAUAUGUCACUGUGAUUUAUUCCUCAUGUUUAUGUACAUGUAUAUACAUUUUACAAUUUACACAACAGUUAUAUUUGAAUAAACUUAUUUCUAACUAUUCCA